AUGAAACAGUUUCUCUACGGCUGUGAAAUUGGCCGCCCUGCCGUCAAAGCUAUGGAAAGGACCCGUGCUGCAGUCACAUCCACGGUGUGGACCAAAACGCGUCAACAGCGCAACCCGGAGGUUCUGUUGACUCUGCUGCGCAAAGGGCAUUUGAUUGACCCGUUCCACGCUGUCGCAUUCCAAACUGUCAUGGGCCUGCGUAGGCUGUUUGGCAAAUGGCCUGCAGAUCUGUACGAUCGUGCGGCUGCCCUUUGGCCUCACUGUCACCAUGCUGAUCGUGCGCACAUGGGUGGGCCGGUUCGUAACUUGGCGUACUUGUUGAAGGACAUGCAACUUGAAUGGGUCGAUUUUGACACCGUUCGAUUGCGGAGCAGGUGGCAGUGCAUAGGUCGCAAGGACAUGGCUGGCGUCCACGACGAAGCUGGCAUCAACGUUUUUGCAACUACAUGUCUUUGGCGUGGGGGUCUCAAUCGGCGUGCCGCUGUGGAAAAGUUCUGUCCCGGGGUCUGGGAUCGGCGUCAACGUCCGGUGACCCGCUCAUCUGGAAUCACCAUGUGCCCAGCAUGGCUUCGUGACGAGUGGGAUCGGCUGGCGCAGCAGCAGCCGGCUGUCGUUCCAUGGGAGGUUGCUGCGCAUCAUGUCCGGAAAGCUCCGCAGGGAAUUUUGGUGUGGACCGACGGUAGCACGAUCCACUCUGGCAUUCCUGACUUGGUCCGUAGUGGUCUUGGCAUUUUCUUCGAAGAAGGUUCGCCGCUGAACUUCUUUACCGCGCUCGCUGGUGAGCUCCAAACCAAUAAUCGUGCCGAGCUUCUGGCAGUAGUCCUUGCUGCUGAACACGGAGUUUCAUGGCAUCAGCCCAUUGUGGUGCACUCUGAUUCAUGGUGGGUGGUUGAGCGUGCGCAAAUGCUAUCUGAUCGUGUUAUGGUAACAAUGCUGCGGAUGCGUUGGCUAAGAAAGGGGUUGCCUUACAUUGCCAUGCUGAGUGGAAUGCUCACGUGCAACAGUUUGGCCAGUUCGUACGGGAUACGAUGUGGAUUCAAGUGUGUAUGGUCUGCGUUCUUCUUGCCCGUACUCAUCAAGAAAAGCAACUGCCGCAGUCAGUUCAGGAUCACCUGCAAGUUGUACGAGGCUGGGGACAACUUCAGCAAAGGUUGUUGCAGGCGUUGGAUGGCCACCCUACUGGUGGCCAUCGCUACUCACGCAAAGCACCCCCAGUUGGUGGGAAUGAGGACUCGCCGGAUGCAGUUGAAGGCCCUGCCCCCUCUCAUGAUCUGGAGCGUGGGCGAGCCAUCCAGCGAACGCUGA